ACGACAACGGACCCGGAAAUGACGUAAAAACGCAGAGUCACUAAAAGCGACGUUAGCCCGCGCUUCCAGCUCAAAUCCUUCACUCUGCCGAGAGACUGGUGUCUGCUGCUAGCUCACAACACCGAGAGGACCCGCACUAUCUAUUCUACUCCACCCUUCACCCUGACGGAGUAACGCUUACGGCCACCGCAUUAUCUCUUCCUUUCUGUCCGCGCGCACUUCCACCUCCACAGCAACCAUGUUCGAGGCUCGCCUGGUCCAGGGCUCCAUCCUGAAGAAGGUGCUGGAGGCUCUGAAGGAUCUGAUCACAGAAGCGUGCUGGGACGUCAGCUCGUCCGGCAUCUCCCUGCAGAGCAUGGACUCCUCUCACGUCUCUCUGGUCCAGCUCACCUUGCGGCACGACGGCUUCGACUCGUACCGCUGCGACAGAAACCUCGCCAUGGGAGUCAACCUGAGCAGUAUGUCAAAAAUCCUGAAGUGUGCCGGAAACGAAGACAUCAUAACCCUCCGAGCAGAAGACAAUGCCGACACGCUCGCCUUGGUGUUUGAGACACUCAACCAGGAGAAGGUGUCAGAUUACGAGAUGAAGUUGAUGGACCUGGAUGUGGAGCAGCUCGGUAUUCCAGAGCAGGAGUACAGCUGCGUGGUGAAGAUGCCCUCCGGAGAGUUUGCCCGUAUCUGCCGUGACCUGUCCCAGAUCGGUGACGCCGUCAUGAUCUCCUGCGCCAAGGACGGAGUCAAGUUCUCCGCCUCCGGCGAGCUCGGCACCGGGAACGUCAAGCUGUCCCAGACCAGCAACGUGGACAAAGAGGACGAGGCGGUCACUAUUGAGAUGAAUGAACCCGUCCAGCUGAUCUUUGCCCUCAACUACUUGAACUUCUUCACCAAGGCAACGCCGCUGUCUAAGACGGUCACCCUCAGCAUGUCGGCUGACAUCCCCCUCGUGGUGGAGUACAAGAUAGCUGAUAUGGGACACGUCAAAUACUACCUGGCACCCAAGAUCGACGAAGAAGCUUCCUAGGUGCUUUAUCAGCGUCUUGAUGAGGGAGAAUAGAGGAGAGCGGGCGGCUGCCGUUGUCUCACAGCGGCCGGUAACCACUCGCUUUCUCAUUUCCUGUCGACCAUUCACAGCAGGAGAUUUUAUAUACUGUCAACCAGACGAUAAAUGCCAUCUUUGUGGUGAAGCCUCGGCCCUUUUGACUCUUCCUGUUCAAUGCGACUGGCUGUGAGGCUCGGGCUGCCCCAUGUCUAUUCCCGCACACUCUCUGUUUUGGGAAAGCCGGUCAACUGUCCCAUUCUGUCUUGUAGAUAACACAUUUGUAAAUACUUCCUGUGGUUUCGCACUGUCAGCCAACCCCAAAUGUUUUUGUAUUCAUUGAUUCAGUCCAAAAUAAACGAUUCAACUUG